AGCUCGUGGAGGUUCUCUGGGGUCCCGGUUUUCCAGAACCCCGGCGGGAGCCUCCCGCGGAGGACCUGGCGCUCACUGGGAGGCCGGGGUUGGCCGGCCAUGCGUUGGGGGCUGCACCCGCGCGGGCCGGGGGCCGCCGCUGUGGCCGCAGCCCGGAAUUUAUGGAUGCUGCCCCGCCUUCGUUGUCACCCGGGGUGGCGAGGGACGACGAGGAGGCUUUUGGUGCGGUCAGUCACCGGGGCCAGUAACCAGCUGCAGAGCUCGAAUAAUAGCAGAUAUCGGGACACGGUGCUGCUGCCGCAGACCAGCUUCCCCAUGAAGCUGCUGGGCCGCCAGCAGCCCGACACGGAGCUGGAGAUCCAGCAGAAAUGUGCAUUUUCAGAACUUUAUUCAUGGCAAAGAGAAAGAAAAGUAAAAACAGAAUUUUGUCUUCAUGAUGGACCUCCUUAUGCAAAUGGUGACCCACAUGUUGGACAUACUUUGAAUAAGAUUUUGAAGGAUAUCGCCAAUCGAUACCAUAUGAUGAGAGGUUCCAAAAUACAUUUUGUGCCAGGCUGGGAUUGUCAUGGGUUACCCAUUGAAAUAAAAGUAUUAUCAGAACUUGGUGGAAAAGCUCAGAAUCUUUCAGCUGUGGAAAUUAGAGAGAAAGCUAGAUCAUUUGCUGAAGCAGCAAUUAAGAAACAGAGAUCAGCGUUUAUUCGUUGGGGAAUAAUGGCAGAUUGGAAUAAUUGCUACUAUACAUUUGAUGGAAAAUAUGAGGCCAAACAGUUGAGAAUUUUCUACCAAAUGUAUGAGAAGGGCUUGGUUUAUCGAUCUUACAAACCUGUGUUUUGGUCUCCCUCAUCGAGAACUGCAUUGGCUGAAGCAGAACUUGAGUAUAAUCCUGAGCAUGUCAGUCGCUCAAUAUAUGUAAAAUUCCCUCUCCUGAAGCCUUCUCCCAAGUUGGUAUCUCUCCUAGAUGGCUCAUCUCCUGUUAGUUUUUUAAUCUGGACCACCCAGCCUUGGACAAUUCCAGCCAAUCAAGCUGUUUGUUAUAUGCCAGAUGCAAAGUAUGCUGUCGUGAAAUGUUCCAAAUCUGGAGAGCUGUAUAUACUUGCUGCAGAUAAAGUAACACCUGUUGCUUCUGCUUUAGAAACAACAUUUGAGGUUAUUUCAACAUUUUCAGGUGUAGAUUUGGAAAAUGGUACUUGUGCUCAUCCUUUAAUUCCUGAUAAAGCCUCUCCUCUUUUACCUGCAAAUCAUGUGACCAUGACAAAAGGAACAGGGUUGGUUCACACAGCCCCAGCUCAUGGUAUGGAAGAUUACAGUGUAGCUUCUCAGCACAACCUGCCGACGGAUUGUUUAGUGGAUGAAGAUGGAGUUUUCACAGAUGUUGCAGGUCCUGAACUUCAAAACAAGGCUGUCCUUGAAGAGGGAACAGAUGUGGUUAUAAAGAUGCUUCAGUCUUCAAAGCAUUUGUUGAAAGAGGAGAAAUUGGUACACAGCUAUCCCUAUGACUGGAGGACUAAGAAACCAGUGGUUAUUCGUGCCAGCAAGCAGUGGUUUGUAAAUAUCACGGAUAUCAAGGCCACAGCCAAGGAAUUGUUAAAAAAGGUGAAAUUUAUUCCUGGAUCUGCACUGAACGCCAUGGUUGAAAUGUUGGACAGACGGCCAUAUUGGUGCAUAUCAAGGCAGAGAGUGUGGGGUGUUCCAAUCCCUGUGUUUCAUCACAAGACAAAAGAUGAAUUCUUGAUCAACAGCCAAACCACUGAGCAUAUCAUUAAACUAGUGGAACAACAUGGCAGUGAUGUUUGGUGGACUCUCCCCCCUGAGCAACUUCUUCCUGAAGAAGUCUUAUCUCAGGUUGGUGGUCCUGAUGCCUUGGAAUAUGUGCCUGGUCAGGAUAUUUUGGACAUCUGGUUUGAUAGUGGAACUUCAUGGUCUUAUGUUCUUCCAGGUACUGACCAAAGAGCAGAUUUGUACUUGGAAGGAAAAGACCAGCUUGGCGGGUGGUUUCAGUCUUCUUUAUUAACAAGUGUGGCAACAAGGAAAAAAGCACCUUUUAAGACAGUGGUGGUUCAUGGAUUCACCCUUGGGGAAAAGGGAGAAAAGAUGUCCAAGUCUCUUGGGAAUGUCAUUGAUCCUGAUGUGGUCAUCAAUGGAGGACAAGAUCAAAAAAAGGAGCCUCCCUAUGGUGCUGAUGUCCUUCGCUGGUGGGUAGCGGAGUCCAACGUCUUCACUGAAGUGACCAUUAGUCCAUCUGUACUUAAUGCUGCCAGAGAUGAUAUUAGCAAGCUCAGGAACACACUCCGCUUUCUUCUGGGAAAUGUCGCUGGUUUCAACCCAGAAACAGACUCCGUCCCUGUUAACAGUAUGUAUGUUGUAGACCAGUACAUGCUGCACUUACUGCAGGGCUUAGCAAACAAGAUUACUGAUGCAUAUAAACAGUACGAUUUUGGAAAAGUCGUUCGGCUGUUACGAGCAUUUUAUACCAGAGAGCUCUCUAACUUUUAUUUCAGCAUAAUCAAAGACCGGCUCUACUGUGAACGUGCAGGUGACCCCAAACGGCGCUCUUGCCAGACCGUGUUAGCUGAAAUUUUGGACGUCGUGGUUCGUUCGUUUGCCCCCCUUCUUCCUCACUUGGCUGAAGAGGUGUUCCAGCACAUGCCUUACACGGAAGAACCCCAGAGUGUUUUUCGUACUGGGUGGAUUAGAACAAGUUCUAUCUGGAAGAAGCCUGGAUUAGAGGAAGCCAUAGAGAGCACAUGCGCCAUGAGAGAUUCAUUUCUUGGGAGCAUCCCUGGUAAAAAUGCAGCCGAGUACAAGGUUAUCCUUGUGAUCGAGCCUGGGCUGCUUUUUGAGAUAAUAGAGAUGCUACAAGCUGAGGAGACUUCCAGCACCUCUCAGUUGAACGAGCUAAUGAUGGCUUCCCAGACGACUUUACUCUCUCAGGAACCACGAUCGGUAACUACAGAUGUAAUAGAGCGCAAAGGGACAUUCCUGAUCAAUUUAGAAGGUGGGGAUAUUCGUGAAGAGUCUUCCUAUAAAGUAAUUGUCGUGCCAACUACCAAAGAAAAAUGCCCCCGUUGUUGGAAGUACACGGCUGAGGCUCCAGAUGCACUCUGCCCCCGAUGCAUGGAAGUGGUGAGUGGAAAGUAAGAGCGACUCGGCCGUCGACAGCCCCCUGAGCAGGAGCACCCUGCCGGCAGCGAGCGUGAAUUCAGAGGGACUGUUCCCAACACUGGAAAGAGGAAAGCCUAGAUGUAGGGAAUGAGGGAAAGAGUACAUGGUGGAGGAUAAUGGUCAAAUUUCAGAAUUACAAGUUUUUCCUGUAGCAGAUAAGAAAUAAUGUGUGUGUGUGUGUGUGUGUGUAUAUACACACACACACACACACACACACACACACACGCGCGCAGAAAAAUACAAAUAUGCAGAUGGGUCUCAAUAUAUCCAUAAUGGAUUUAUUCAGAACAGAGACAUUGGGUAUGUUUGACUUUAAAUGUGGCUGACCAGAAAAUGUUUUCUAUUUUAUAAAGCUGCUUGACUCCAUAUUUAAGUUCUGUAACGUCUAAAAAUAAAGGCAUCUGGAAAUUUA